GCGAGCUCGGGCCAUGCACCCGGGCUAGCGCCCGCCGCCGCCGCCGGCAUGCCGCGCCCGCCGCGCCCGCCGCGCCCUCCGCGCCCGCUGCGCCCGCUGCUGCUGGCCGCGCUCUGCCUGGCCGCGCGCCCCGCGCCCGCGCGCGCCUGCCAGCUGCCCUCCGAGUGGAGACCCCUGAGCGAGGGCUGCCGCGCCGAGCUGGCCGAGACCAUCGUGUACGCCAGGGUGCUGGCGCUGCACCCCGAGCUGCCCGGCCCCUACAACCACCUGCCGUGGCAGCGGCCGCACGCCGGCCAGGGCGGCCUCUUCUACUCGGCCGAGGUGGAGAUGCUGUGCGACCAGGCGUGGGGCAGCAUGCUGGAGGUGCCCGCCGGCUCCCGCCUCAACCUCAGCGGCCUGGGCUACUUCGCCUGCCACUCGCACACCGUGGUGCAGGACUACGCCUACUUCUUCUUCCUCAGGAUGGAUGAAAAUUAUAACCUCUUGCCUCAUGGAGUCAAUUUCCAAGAUGCCAUCUUCCCAGAUACACAAGAGAACAGGAGGAUGUUUUCCAGUCUUUUCCAGUUUGCUAACUGCUCCCAAGGGCAGCAGCUGGUGACGUUCUCCAGUGACUGGGAGAUCCAGGAAGACAACAGGCUCAUGUGCUCGUCGGUGCAGAAGGCCCUGUUCGAGGAGGAGGACCACGUGAAGAAGCUGCAGCAGAAGGUGGCCGCCCUGGAGAAGCGGAACCGGCAGCUCCGCGAGCGGGUGAAGAAGGUCAAGCGGUCCCUGCGGCAGGCGCGCAAGCACGGCCGCCACCUGGAGCUGCUGAACCAGAAGCUGGGCGGGAAGCUCCUGGCGGCCGGCGCGCAGCCGCACAUCAACGCCCUGGGGCCCGAGCCCGCGCGCGCCCCCUUCCGGCGCGGGUAGCCGGCGCA